AUGGCCCCCGUGAAGCGCAGAGAUCUGGUCUUCGCCGCUAUCGCCGUCUUCAUCGCCUGGGGGUACCUGACCCAUUGGCAGCCGAAGCUGCACUACCUGCCCUACGCCUUCUUCGCCGGAGUACUCGCGACGCUUGCCCUGCUAGCAUGGCUCACCUUCACGAUCGCCUGGGACACAGACCUACGAAGCGGAGGAAAGGUCGACUAUGGACCGCGCCAUGUCGCCUUCGUUGCGCCGGACAGGUGGAAGGCUGAGAGGGAGGCUUUGGACAUGAGGAACAUGUACAUGAUGGAGCCGCUAUACCCCGCGUCCUUCAUGAUAUCAGACAGCAUCGACGUGCUCAUUGGGCUGAUACUGCGCGACUUCGUGAAGAGCUGGUACGGCAGUAUCAGCAAAAGCCCGACAUUCGUCAACGAGGUGGACAAUGCGAUACGGGCUGCAAUGGGCGAAGUUCGGGAGCGCAUACUGGCAGUAGAUAUGGUCGAGACAGUCGUGUCGCGCAUGAUACCUCUCAUCACCGAUCACUUGCGGGCGUCCUACGAGGCAGAGCGCAUAGUUCGCGGACGCAAGCUGUCGCGGAACAUCACAGAUUCUGAGGAGCUUGAUCUGGCCAUCGCAGCCAAAUACAAAGAGGGCCGGUUGCACCCGGCGGCGUCGUUGGCAUACUCGAAUACCAAGCCUAUACAGCAGCAACAUCUACGAAGCAUCGUCACGCGACUACUGCCAAAGAUUAUGCCUGCGAACAUGUCAACCAGUCCCGCUGUCAAUGUACUGAUCAAAGAGCUUGUGGCCUGCGCAGUCCUCUCUCCUGUGAUGCAGAUGCUUGCUGACCCAGAUACAUGGAACCAGCUUAUGGAGGGAUAUGGACGAUCGUUGAUACAGGAAAGGAAAACUGUCCGCAAGAUUCGAGCUGCUCUCGAUGAACAUGCUCCGCCCUCACCGAAGAACCCCAAGAACGUCCAGUUUCCAAAGCUUGCGCCCGGCGAUAACGAGCGACGAUUCGAACGUUUCAUACGAGCCAUUAGGCAGACCAAUACUCUUGCAGAUGCUAGACGAUUUCGCAGCGAAGUGUCAAGUCAAUUGCGGAAGGAUUCCACGGUAGAAGAUCAAGACCCUGUCUAUCUGCGGCGUCUAGAAACAGCGCGACAGAUUCUGGAUACAAAAGUCAACAACCUCAGUGCUGGUGGCUCGGUUCGGGCAAAGGUUGCCGCACAGGAGAAGCCGAAGCACAAGCGUACUUCGUCCAAGUUCGCGAACGCGUCUCUACGCGAAGUGCUGUACGAUGCGUCAGGACUGUCUUGCUUCAUGGAGUUCAUGGAUCAGGCGGACUUGAUGCGGCUGGUGCAGUUUUGGAUCGUGGUGGACGGCUUUCGCAAUCCAUUGGAAGUAGAGACUGAAGAAGCGCCAGACUAUAUAGGCUCGCUUCCUGCAUGGACAGAGUCUGACCGUGCAGACCUGGCGCAGAUCUACGACGGAUAUUUGUCGAACCCGGAGUUGAAGAUACUUCCCGAAGCUCGACAAGCGGUCUCUGAGUUUCUCAAAGCCGGGCGGAAGGCGACUCCGCAGCAGUAUCAUAAUGCGCGACGUUCUUUGCUCCAAGCUCAGACGGCGGCGUACGAACAAUUACAGGAACCCUACUUCCGAAGGUUCAAGAAGUCCAACUUGUAUUACAAGUGGCUGGCCAUGGACGAGGCGGCGAACGCUCAGAACAGCAGUGUGAAUACGAGGACUGUAGCGCAAACACUCGACAAUUCGUCUGCGGCUGCCCCUGCUAUGAUUCGCACCCAGUCAAGGCAGAAGAGCGCAUUGCAGAUACCACAAGGAGACUUGCGCCGAGCCGUCGCAUCGUCAUCAGAUCUUAAGAGCCAAGGAGCCGUCAAAAACGCUGAGCCACCUGCACGCCGUUCUUUGGAUGUACAUAGGUCAUCAUCUGCACGCGCACCUCUCUUCGACGAGGACUACGACUCAGACCCUCUCGCACACUCAACCGCAAGCCUCAACUCAGACUUUGGUCAUGACCGCUCCAAUGGCAACAAUACGCAGGUCGUCGAUGCUAUGCAGGCUGCCAUCAUCGACAUUAUGGACGAGCCUGAGGGUUCGAUAUUCUACGAGCCGGGUCUGAAAUCGCCACUAGACAGUGUUUCCAUGCGAGGAUCCGUCGAUCUACCACGAGCGUCAUCCCCAGCCCCGCAAGCACAAUUGCAGCAAAGCAAAGACAGUCUCAAGCCAAGCAUAGCGUCCCUUGGCUUGGUUGGAGAGCCCAGAACGCGCGGUGUCUUUGAUGAUGACCUGUUUGGUGAUGAAGAAAGGUUCAUGGAGGACGAGAUCGAUGACCCAGUCCCGAGGAGCAAAGCAGAAGAGGAAGAGAUUCACGAGGCGGCGCCUGGAGACCUGGGUCUCGCCGAAGCUAUCGAUGCACUAACGGCUGAUAUUGAGCGCCUGGUAUCCCAAGAGUCUAUCGUCGACUCUCUUACAUCAAAAGCUGAGUUGACAAACAACGCUGCAGAACUGAGGAUCUUGCGAAAAUCGAAAGCCAGCCUUCAGCGUGAGAUACAGAGGAAAGAGCUACAGCGUCAGCAGUACAUCGUCCAAGAAAGCGACAACAGCUUGUACGGACGCGCGACUGUGUUCAUUCAAUCAAUCAUGGUCGGCACAGAGGAAGACGGCAAGGAGUAUGCUAUGUACGUCAUCGAAGUACGACGACGUGCUGGCGACCAGAUGCCUGCCGCUACUUGGGUCGUCUCACGACGAUACAGCGAGUUCCACGAACUGAACAAAAGGCUCCGCGCCAAAUUUCCCCAAGUCCGAAAUCUGGAGUUCCCACGCCGGCAGAUGAUGCUGAAGCUCCAGAAAGACUUCCUGCACAAGAGAAGGCUUGGACUUGAGAAAUAUUUAAGGGAGCUUCUACUCAUUCCAGCUGUAUGCCGCAGCCGCGAACUACGCGCCUUCCUCUCACAAGCUGCGAUCAGCCCCGCCGAUGCCCUGCGAAACCAGGACCCAAACUCCAACGACUUCGUAACUCGCAUCUACAACUCAGUCGCAGAUGGUAUGGAAGAGUUUCUAGGCAACAUACCCGUCCUCGAUCAGCUAUCCGUCGCAGGCCAAAACCUCAUAUCAGCCGCAACCACCCAGCUUGCCAACACAAACGGCGCGACCGCCCAACCGGGCAACCUGUCUUCCUCCGGCGUUCUGGUCGCGGGCGAACCCAACAACGACGCAGAAGCAGAAGCCGAACUCCUCGCCUUCGAAAACAAAGAGCUCGAGCCCUUCGUCAAACCAAUCUGCGACAUCUUCCUCGAAACGUUCGAACUAAACCGCGAGAACAACUGGCUCCGAGGCCGCGCUGUCGUCGUAGUCUUGCACCAACUUCUUGGCGGCACCAUUGAACGCAAAGUCCGCGAAUCUUUCGAUAACCUACUGUCUGAAAACAACAUCGUCAAGUACAUCGACACGCUGAAGGACAGUAUGUGGCCUAACGGCAGGAUGAAAGUCGGUGUUGAACGAACCAGCAAAGAUAAAGAGAACAGUAGGAAGGCGGCGAGCGAGGUUCUGAGCACUCUCGUCCCGGAGUUGGCGAGUAGUGUUGUGGGGAGGCAGAAUGCGCAGUUGGCGGCGAAGAAGAUUGAGGGGACUAUCAAUAAUACCCGGUUGAAUACACAUAUCGCUUUCACGCUUCUCGACGAGAUGGUGCAGGUUCUGUUUCCGGAUGAUUCCAAGCCCGCGAGGGCCAAAGAGACGGAUGAGCAGAGAGCCGCACGAAAGUCCUAUAGCUCAUGGAAGCGCCGCCUUGGUGAGUCGGAAACUGAUCCAACGACCAUGCGACGCCUCUGGGAGGGUGCUUUUGGCAUACUCGAAGCUGGAGACCGAGACUGGCGACAGCAGCUCCCGCAAGACCUCAACGAUGAUUCGGAUGAUGAAAGUGGUCAUCGUCAUAUCCUCGCCAUUCUGAACUCAAAGGUUGUCGGCUCGGACUACGACACCUUCCUCAGCAACGCCCGCCAUUUCCUACUUACGCUUACGCAUUCCUCACUCCUUCGAUGUCUUGCGAUCGAUACACACGUCGGUUCCAUCUACAACCUCUUCGGUGGUGUCGGUGGGCGGACUGCAGUCUCAUAUCUCCAGCGGGUUUGCAAGGCUCUGGUGGCAGCUCGGACAUCUUCUUCGGCAUCUACCAAGGACCACGAGACGACCCUUCUCGCCAUGGCGACGGCUCUCUUCGAGCUGUUGAGACGUGAGCGUAGAGCCCGGUUCAACGAUGAGAUCAUCCCGCUGGUGGACUCCAUCCAGGCUGUAAGCGACCUCUACAAAGACUUGGUAUCGCCAGAUACCUCAACACGAAUAAGCAAUCGCCUCCAUGAUAUUCGAGCCCUGGUAGCUAGAGCUCACGGACUCCUCGCCGAAACCACCGGUGACAAUGGGGUUGAAGACGACAACUAUGCUGGCGGCCCUGUAUCAUUCUACCCAAGAGACAUCGUAGUCCCCUCGGACCGCUUUGACAACGACAAGAAGGACAUUGGCGACAUGGUAAUCUUCCCGACCCGGGAUGAGAUCAUAAGCGAUGCGAAGGAAUAUCUGCCCUAUACCGAUCCCGACCAGCCACACUUCCUUGAGGAUCGCGUGCAACGCCACAUAGAUACUUACUUCCGCCUGUUGCGCCACGAUAUCUUCGGUGAGCUGAAGGGGUCAUUGGCUGGAAUCAUGCAUGCUGUAUCGCAAGACGCCAACACGUUGCUUCACCCCAAUAUCAGCCUAGGAGAUAUACGCGCCAAUCAGUACACCAGCGCUCGCGUCAGCUAUGUCACACUCGACAAGCGAAUGGGGUUGCAAGCUCAGAUGGAAUUUUUGCAGCCUGCGAUAGUCCGCAAGAAAAGUGUUAGCCAAAAGGUGAAUUGGUGGGAGGAAUCAAGGCGAUUCGACGAAGGGUCGCUUUUGUCCUUCAUAUGGAUCCAGGACAAUGUCGUUCAACACAUCUUCCUUACUGUCUCAAACAAGGACACUGAUCCGACAAAGGAGUACAGCUUGACACACCACAAUCAAAUGGCCUACAUGACGGCUAGCCUGGUAACUCAAGAUCGAGCAACGGUCAAGAUGCUCAUGCAAGCCAACAUCGGAGCAGCCCGGGGUGUUCUGCUAGAGUUCCCGAAGGUCAUGCCGGCGACCUUUUCACCCACUUUGGAAAGCCUACAGGCGAUGCAGCGACUGAAUCGUCUACCGUUUCAGCAGUGGGUUGUCCCGGACAAACACAAUGACCGUCCUUCGACGCCUAAGACUCACGAAAUUCCUCCACCUCUAUACGCGCGCGCGCCUGGCUUCAAGUUCCCCGUGACUGCUCUCCUGAAAGAUGGCAACAAAGAAGACUCUUUUUCUAUCGAACCAACAUCAUCAUGUGACGACCAGGCGUUACUCGAUAAGCUGGAGGCCAAAACGCAACUUGACUGUGGACAGUGUCGCGCGCUCAUUGCUGCGCUAACCCGAGAGUUCGCCUUCAUCCAAGGACCUCCAGGAACGGGAAAAAGCUUUUUGGGCCUACAGAUCAUGCGGAUACUGCUGGGGAUCAAGGAGAACAGCGAUCUCGGUCCUAUACUCAUCGUAUGUUACACUAACCACGCCUUGGAUCAGUUCCUCGAACACCUAAUCGAUAUCGGCGUCCACAAGCUCAUCCGGGUUGGCGGCAUGAGCAAGUCCAAGAAGCUUCUCAACCACAGCCUGCGCACCGUCGGCGAAUUGGAGACGAAGACCAAGUCAGAAAAGUAUAUGGCGGCGAUGAACUAUCAGGAUCUAGAUCAGAAUGAGAAGGAGGCCAAGAUGCUCUUUGGUGGUCUUCAUGGCUUGUCGAAGCGUCCGGACUGGCAUAAGCUCAAAGACCAUAUCCACGAAGAAUAUCCGAAGAUCUACAAUCAGUUCCGUUCUGUCGAUGACGAAGGCUUCAAGACAGCCGGCCGCCACCCAUUCGAUGUAUGGAUCGCCGGUACUGAGGCAUAUGGCCAAACCUCAUUAACUCAAAGCGAGUUACAGCAGAUAAUCCAGCGGGCGACUGCAAGCGUGUUCUCUUUGUCAAUGCUUGAGAGAAGCGCACUUGUCGCCUCCUGGGUAUCGCAAGCUCAAGGAAACAAGGUCAGCGAGCUCUUCGAAAUCGUCAAUAGUGCAGCCAAGACUCAACGACAAUUGAGCAAUAUCCAUGAGGAGUUGAACCGACGACUGCUAGAAGAGGCUGAAGUCAUUGGGGUUACCACGUCCGGCUUGGCGAAACGUAUCUCGGUUCUCCAGCAGGUGAAGUGUAAGGUGAUCAUCUGCGAGGAAGCCGGUGAGGUCAUGGAGAGUCACAUGAUCUCGGCGAUGCUUCCCGAUGUUGAGCAUCUCAUCCAGAUUGGUGAUCACGAGCAGCUUCGGCCCUCUGUCAGCAACUUCCGCGACUUAUCGCUCGAGAGCGAGCGAGGAAAGCUUCACGCGCUCGAUAGGAGUCAGUUCGAGCGACUCUCGAUCGGUGAGCCCGGGCGGCCUCUGAUGCCUGUUGCUCAACUGAAUGUACAGCGUCGAAUGCGCCCGCAAAUCUCUUCGCUGAUUCGCGAAACCAUCUACGAUAAGCUCAAGGACCAUCCGUCUACCAUCGAGCUGCCGGAUGUUGUUGGUAUGCGCCGCAAUGUCUUCUGGCUCGACCACACCAACUUCGAAAACGAGAAGGGUGCAGAUACACAUGAUACGAAGUCCAAGUCCAACUUGUGGGAAGUCAAGAUGGUGCAUGCCAUGGUCCGGCAUAUCGUUCGGCAGGGUGUGUACAAGCCCGAUGACAUCGCAGUCUUAACCCCAUACACUGGCCAGCUUCAGAAACUCCGCGCCGCGAUGAGCAGCGAUUUUGAGAUCUGCCUCAGUGAUCGAGAUCGAGAAGCGCUUGAGAGGGACGGUUUCGCUGUAGAAGACAACGAUACAGCAAAGACCGCAGUACCCGCUCACGAGAGUUACCAGGGCAAGCCGCUGGAGAAGAAACAAUUGUCGGAACUAUUGAGGGUUGCGACGGUCGAUAAUUUCCAAGGAGAAGAGGCGAAGAUCAUCAUUGUGUCUCUUGUGCGAAGCAACGAUAGACAGAACGUCGGCUUUCUCAAAACGACAAACCGUAUCAACGUUUUGCUGAGUCGCGCUCAACAUGGCAUGUACCUCAUAGGUAAUGCAGAUACCUACUCUAGCGUCGACAUGUGGCAGAAAGUCAUCGGGAUGCUACGUGCGACCGAAUCAGUUGGGAAAGCUCUGGCUUUGCGUUGCCCUCGACACCCUGAUACCGACGCCCAAGUACAGCAGCCUGACGACUUUCACAAGUUGAGCCCUGAAGACUUGAUCAUGGGGUCUCGUUAUGCUAAAAUCGACCUGGAUCAAUCGCCCAUAGUCGUUCUCGGUUGCGGUCACUUCUUCACCACCGAAACUCUGGACGGAGUCGUCGGCCUCAAAGACGUGUAUAGCGUCGAUACGAAGACGGGCGCCUUUACCGGACUGAUUGAGGACGCCGAGCUGUCUGCAUCGAUUCCACAAUGCCCCAAAUGUCGAGAGCCUGUCAAGCAGUAUGUUACCCAGCGCUACAACCGGCUCAUCAACCGAGCUGUCAUCGAUGAGAUGUCCAAGCGCUUCAUCGUCAACGGUCAACAAGACUUGCAGCAACUGGAAGGCCAGCUCAUAGAAGUCAGGAAGGACCUCGAAAAGUCGCGCAUGUCGGUUGUUCCCGAUAAGCCAGUCCAGCUCCGCGGUCAGGAAGCUCACGAGUUCACCAUGCAGUCCAUCAACGACGAGAUUAACAAUCGCGCAAGGGAUACUAUUCAGCUCCUAAACGCAGUCAAGGCGUUUCAGCUUAGGAUGGAUACCCGACACCAACCGACAUACAAGCUGCACCAGGCGACCGUGCAUAGUAUGGCGCGAAGUGAACCACUGGAUGUUGAGCUCGCAAGGUUGACAAUCGACUCGUCCGAAAAGUCUGCCAAACGCGAUCGCGAUCAACGCAUCACCCUCGGCGGCCGCCUCCUCGAAAUCAAGGUACGCUGCUUAGUGUUAGAGGAGAACUUCGAGAUCAUGCGUACUGUGGAUCAGAAGCAUUUCCAGAGUACCUUGCCCCUCAAGUUUCCCAGUGGUUCACCCGUUGCCAAGACGGAUCGGUUCCUCAAAGACACGAAGAGGCUCAUUGAUGACUGCAUACGUGAGAGUCUGCCUAAACUUGCGGUUGAGGCUACACUGCACUACGCUCGAAUCGCCCAGUUCUUUGGUAGUGCUCAGUCUGAUAAGAACAACGAUCGCGCAAGGGCCAUGAAUUACCGCAACACCGCCAAGGACCUGUUGGCAAAGGCGGACACGCUUUGUGAGAGUUCCUUCAGUGGACGGGAUAACUUGCGACAAGCUGUCGUCGCUGCAUCGAAGAUGCUCAGCAAGGAGUUCUACGAGGCAGUGUCCAAGGAAGAACUGGAAUCUAUCAAGAAGGCCAUGGUUAGUGGACGUGGCGGUAUCGCGACUCACUCUGGGCAUUGGUACAAGUGUGUGAACGGCCAUCCAUUCGCCAUUGGAGAAUGCGGUAUGCCCAUGCAGCAAGCGCGCUGUCCGGAAUGCGGUCAGCCCGUCGGUGGCCAGAAUCAUACUGCCGUCGCUGGAGUAUCACGCGCCAGGGAGAUGGAGGAUUGA